AUGGCACCGGCCACUGGGACAGCGUAUCAAGUCCACAUCACGCCGCAGAAUAGUGGGCUGUGGGAGUUUAAACAGACUGAAGAAACAGCGAAGAAAGCUUCAGAGCUCUUACAAAAAGAUCUCCAAGAACACCACGUCUUCUUCAACGAAGACGGCUUCCACAAUCACAUUCCCCAUCACAUUCUAGCUCUCUACGGUACCGGAGCAGGUGCCGAAGCUCUCCAGAAAGGCUACGAUGCGAAUACCGGGUACCAGCGGCCGGUCCUGCCGCCUCAUGGCGGAGUCAUAGAGGACCUCAAGGACUGGGACCACGCAAAGAAGUAUCUCGGCAAGGAGAAAUACUAUCCCGAUUUCCUCCGCUUCUUCCAGAAGGAGAUCGACAAGAAGGGGUGGGAGAAUGUGAUGAACGAGUAUGUCUUCAAGGGCGAUGAGGCCGCCGAUGACGUAUUUGGGAGACUCUUUGCAGGUUUCCUCCAUCCCAUCAUCCAGCUGAUGUACGGCAUGGAAUGGGCCCAACCGGCCAUCGUAGCCGAAGCACUUGCGCAAACAAGUGUCCACGGCAACGAUCUCAACCCCUUCCUCUUCGAAGCCGAGAAGGAAGCAGCACAGUCCUCCGCCGGCGACAUGCCCUCGAUCGUGUCCCUCUACAAGGCGGUGCACGAUAACGACAAGCUGGCCAACUCGGUGCGGAUGGAGGACUCGAACAAGGUCCGCGACGGCGUGCUCGUCCGCGCCCGCGCCGAGAUGCUGAAGGUCGCGAGCCGCGUGAAGGUCAGGCCGGAACAGCUGGAGGAGAAGACGGCCGAGAUGUUCCACUCGGCUCUGUACAUGGCGGCUGCGGCGGCGAUCCACCCACCGAAGCAUCCAAAGUUUGACUUCUUCUUCAUCCACCACGUCAACUCGGCGCCCAUCUUCCUCACCAUCAACGCCCAGCCGUGGAUCUCGACCGAGGUCAAGGUCCGCAUCCUGGAGUGGAAGAUCCGCAUGGACCUCGUACAGUACGCCGCCAGGGCCGUGCCGCCGCUCUCGCUCGACUCCAUCACGUUGUACAGGCCCCGGGACGAAUCCGGGAAGAUGCCCGCAGACGUCGUCUCUAGGUUGCAUCUAUUCGACGACGACGGCCACGCCAUCAAGCUCGGCCGCGCAGCCGGGAUAUGCCAGGAGCUCUCUACCAAGUACCAAGGCAAGGACUGGACCGUCAUCCGGGGCGACGACGUCUGGAUGAAGGUCCACCGCCUGAUCGUCGAUUCGGUCGAGGCCCCGGGGCCGCACUGGGUCCGGACAACCGGCCUUGAUGAGGCGUGGGAGAACGUGCCUGAUGCUCCUGAUGCCAAGCUGUGA